AUGGGGCAGCAAAAGCUGGAUCAAGUUUUGAGGGCAUUGUUCCUCUUCACUCAGCUGCUGUGGCAUAGCGGUGAGGGCAAAUGUCUUGAUAAUGACCCUUUGAUCAAUGUAAUGAUACUGAGUGACUCUGAUGUUCCAGUGAGCUCAAAAAACAUUAAACCAGCUGUUGAAAUGGGCGUGGAGCUGGUGAUGUCCAUUCUGAAAGAGAACAAUAUGAACAUGAAUGUCAAUGCUACACUUUAUGGAAUCAAUAACACAUCGCUCUAUGUCUCAGACGGCUGCCGCACUAGCACUUGUGAAGGUGUGGAAAUCAUCAGAAAACUUUAUAGUAAUGGUGACCUUGGGUGUGCUGUCCUGGGUCCCACAUGCACCUAUGCCACAUACCAGAUGGUCUCAGUAGAGACUGUGUCAGGCCUCCCCGUCAUCUCUGCUGGGAGUUUUGGGGUGUCUUGUGACUUCAAAGACUAUUUAACACGAAUAUUGACUCCAGCCAGGAAACUAAGCUACUUCUUGAUUGAUUUCUGGGGAAAUAAAGGAUUAUUAUUCAAGGAUGUCCCUUGGGAAUCUACUUACAUUUAUAAGAAGAUUAACAAUACUGAAGACUGCUUCUGGUAUAUGAAUGCCUUAGAAGCUGAUGUGACAUUUUUCUCUCUAAACAUAAAAUCCAAGGAGAUCAUAAGGACACAAGAAUACCUACAGGACAUUGUGAGGAAUUCAAAUCGGAAAAGCAAUGUGAUCAUCAUGUGUGGUACUCCAGAGGAUAUUGACAUAGCCUUAGGGGGUGUAAAGAUGGAUGAUGAUAUUGUUGUUAUCCUGAUAGAUCUUCACAGUAAUGAAUACUAUGAAAAUGCUAACUCAGCUGAAUACAUGAAGCAAGUCCUUGUCCUGUCUCUGGCACCAACAAACAUUAGUGCAGUUUCGAACUAUAGUGGGAUUCCUGUUGAUCCUGGGAAACUCUAUCUGCUGCAAGAUGACUUCAUUGUUGGCUAUUUGGAUGCUAUUUUGCUCUUUGGCCAUGUUGUGAGAAAACUUUUUUCGGAAAAAAUACCAGUAAACUCUCCUAAAUUUAUUAAGCAAUUCCGAAAUCUCACUUUUCAAGGCAUUCUUGGUCCUGUAAUCUUGGAUGAAUAUGGAGACAUCGAUGUCAAUUUCACAAUUUUUUAUACAUCAGUAGGUGAACCGAAAUAUAAGAUCCUCCUGAGAUAUGACACACAUCUGAAUAGGACAAUAACAGGAAAUGAAAGACCUAAUUUCAUAUGGAAAAGAAGUAUGCUACCUAAUGAUAUUCCCAGUCCUGGUCCAGCCAUUCUGACUAUAGCUGUUUUCACUCUUACUGGGAUAGUGGUGCUGGUUCUGAUCAUCUCUCUGGUGGUGCUGAGGAAGUACAGGAGAGCUAAUGAACUACGACUGAAGAGAUGGUCCCACAUUCCACAGGAUAAGAUAUUGCCUUUGGAGACUAAUGAGACAAGUCACGUCAGUUUGAAGAUUGAUGACGACAAAAGGCGUAAUACUGCCCAGAGGCUGCGUCAAGGCAAAUAUGACAAGAAGGUGAUAAUUUUAAAGGAUUUCAAAGCCAGUGAUGGGAAUUUUACAGAGAGACAAAAGAUAGACCUAAACAAGCUCCUUCAAAUUGACUAUUACAACUUGACGAAGUUCUAUGGAACAGUCAAGAUGGAUACCAUGAUCUAUGGAGUAAUUGAGUACUGUGAGAGAGGAUCACUGCGGGAUGUCUUAAAUGAUAAAAUCUCCUAUCCUGAUGUUACUUUUAUGGAUUGGGAAUUUAAAAUUUCUGUUAUGUAUGAUAUUGCCAAGGGGAUGUCUUACCUGCAUUCAAGCAAAACCGAGGUUCAUGGGCGCCUGAAAUCUACAAACUGUGUUGUCGAUAGCCGCAUGGUAGUGAAGAUCACUGAUUUUGGCUGCAAUUCUAUUCUGCCACCAAAAAAAGAUCUCUGGACUGCUCCUGAACACCUCCGUCAGAGUGGAGUUUCUCAGAAAGGCGAUGUGUACAGCUAUGGAAUUAUAGCACAGGAGAUCAUACUUCGUAAAGAAACUUUCUACACUAACAAUUGCCGGGAUCACAAAGAAAAACUCUACAGAGUAGAAAGCGGCAAGGGACAAAGACCAUUUCGACCAGAUCUUUUACUGGAGACUGAUGGAGAAAAGGAACAGGAAGUAUAUCUUCUUGUGAAAAGCUGCUGGGAGGAAGAUCCAGAGAGGAGGCCAGAUUUUAAGAAAAUUGAAACUACUCUUGCAAAGAUAUUUGGCAACUACCACAGCCAAACCAAUGAAAGCUACAUGGACACUUUAAUCCGACGUCUACAGCUAUAUUCAAAAAAUCUGGAGCAUUUAGUGGAAGAGAGAACCAAACUUUACAAAGCAGAACGAGACAGAGCAGACAGACUUAACUUCAUGCUUCUCCCAGGGCCUGUGGUAAAGUCUUUGAAAGAAACUGGCUUGGUAGAGCCGGAACUCUUUGAAGAAGUCACAAUUUACUUCAGUGACAUUGUGGGGUUCACAACCAUCUGUAAGUACAGCACUCCAAUGGAAGUGGUGGACAUGCUUAAUGAUAUCUACAAGAACUUUGAUCACAUUCUUGACCAUCAUGAUGUUUACAAGGUGGAAACCAUUGGAGAUGCAUAUAUGGUAGUGAGUGGCUUACCAAGGAGAAAUGGUAACUGUCAUGCAGUGGAUAUUUCCAAGAUGGCACUGGAUAUAUUGAGUUUUGUGGGCUCUUUUGAACUUCAACAUCUUCCAGGGCUUCCUAUAUGGAUUCGAAUUGGAAUUCACUCUGGCCCAUGUGCUGCUGGUGUGGUUGGAAUUAAAAUGCCUCGUUACUGUUUGUUUGGAGAUACAGUGAACACAGCUUCAAGAAUGGAAUCUACAGGUUCACCUCUAAGAAUUCAUGUAAGUGGUUCUACUAUUGCUAUCCUCAAGAGGACAGACUGUCAAUUCCAGUAUGAAAAGAGAGGAGAGACAUACCUGAAGGGCAAAGGAACUGAGAUUACUUACUGGCUGACAGGCAUGAAGGACCAGCAAUAUAAUCUCCCAACACCACCUUCUGUGGAGAAUCAGCAACGUUUGCAGGCUGAAUUUGCUGAGAUGAUAACACUCUCUCUUCAGAAAAGGGAAACAGAAGAAUUCCAGGAGCGAAAGAUUUCACGCAUGCCUUCUUACAGCAAAGGCACUUUGGAAUAUCUGCAACUGGCUACUAAAAAAUGUUCUAGCACCUACUUGUAAAACAGCACAAAGGACAUAAUUGAAUAAUCCCUAAAAGUUAGAAUAGUAACCAGAUGUCCCACACACUCCAUGUAUUUGCAGUAUUUGUUAAGAAAAGGAAUGUGUUUGUUCUUCACAUUCCCUCUGCCACACAGGCAAAUAUAGAUUUUCAAAUACAGUAGAGUCUCACUUAUCCAACGUAAAUGGGCCGCCAGAACGUUGGAUAAGCGAAUAUGUUGGAUAAUAAUGACAGAUUAAGGAAAAGCCUAUUAAACAUCAAAUUAGGUUAUGAUUUUACAAAUUAAGCACCAAAACAUCAUGUUAUACAACAAAUUUGACAGAAAAAGUAGUUCAAUAUGCAGUAAUGCUAUGUAGUAAUUACUGUAUUUAUGAAUUUAGCAAAAUAUCAUGAUAUAUUGAAAACAUUGACUACAAAAAUGCGUUGGAUAAUCCAGAACGUUGGAUAAGCGAGUUUUGGAUGAGUGAGACUCUACUGUAUAACAUGUUUCUUACUAAUUAGGGACUUCACUGCUACAUUGCUUUUUUUUACAACACAAAAGACACAAUCAGAGGGCAUCCACGUAGCAGCCCCUCCACAUCCAGUUUGGGGCUUGUGGGCCAAAAUUAGAGUCCAAUGAUAUCAACAAAGAAUCGGGUGUACAAUUUGUUCCCCCUUCCAAUACUUUAAAAGCACUUUGCAUGGCACAAACUGUGCUGAUCCCUGCUUUGUAAUGGCUUCACUGAAAUGGAUGCAGUUGGUAGGAAGGAGGUCUCAAGAAGUUAAUACAGACUUCAUCCCUACAUAUCUCUUAUAAGCCUUUAAGUAUACCAAUGGGUAUUUUAUAUAAAUUAGUAAAUAAGGGAGAGAACAAGCUUUUUAAACUAUUCCUGUUUAUAAUUGUCAGCCCAUGUCCUUGAUUCUCAUAGGUGUAUGUUUAGGUAAGGAUUUUUGUAUUGCAAACACCCUGUUCCCUAUUCUUUAAAAAUACCUCUAAAAUAUUUGUUAUUUAAAAUAUGUUGAUCUGCUAUACAUUUUUGUAAUUUAAAGCUUUAAUUGCCAUGACUUAUUUUAUAUUUGUUUAGAAAUGUGUAUCACUGUAUUUGAAGCUAAAAUAAACUCUUUUGGAUAAGGUUUCAUGUAUUUUUAGAGCUUUAUAUCACAUUGCUACAGAUAUUUUGUGUGUGCUUGUGGGCAAAGCUAAAUUAAAUUCUGAAUUGUUA